CGAAGAGACUGACCGGGUGCUGGUAUUGAGGAAACAUCAGUCUUAUUCUGUGCAGUUUGGCUGGAGGCGCUCCAGAUAUGGCUGCCUUUUUUUAAAGGCAGCAUAAUCUCGUGAAAUCUUACACCCACAAUGGGGUCAGGUGUGCUCCUGUUAACGCUAGAGAGGGAUUAGUUUGUGUUUCCUCACUGGCCCUAUCGAGAGGUUGCUGUGUUUCUGUGCUGAGAUUCUCUUUCCUCUUCCCCUGCUGUGUGGCACUGGAGUCCAUGGCGACGUUAACUGCAGUUGUUGAUGACAGGAACGCACUUGGGCAUUGCUUAGAUGUCUGAGGGCCUGCUGCAUCUGCGGUUUUUGUGAGGUGAAGCUUUGAAGCCAGGACAUGUACACACGCAGAGGGCUCGAUGAUGACUUGUAUCAGAAGGACGAAGGGAAAUGGGCUCUGCUGCCUAACGUCAAUCUAGUGCUUAAACACCAGCACACGCUCCUCCCGGGGGAUUACGUCUGGCUGGAUCUGAAGACUGGUCGUGAGUUUGAAGUUCCUAUCGGGGCAGUAGUGAAACUCUGUGACUCUGGCCAAAUUCAGGUUGUGGAUGAUGAAGGCAAUGAGCAUUGGAUUUCCCCUCAGAAUGCCACCAACAUUAAGCCGAUGCAUCCAACAUCCAUCCAUGGGGUGGAAGAUAUGAUCCGCCUGGGAGACUUGAACGAAGCCGGAAUUCUGCGUAACCUCCUCAUCCGAUAUAGGGAGCGUCUAAUAUACACAUACACUGGCUCAAUCCUGGUCGCGGUGAAUCCCUACCAGCUGUUGCCAAUCUACACAGCUGAACAAAUCCGGUAUUACACCAACCGAAAGAUCGGUGAAAUGCCACCACACAUCUUCGCCAUUGCUGACAACUGCUACUUCAACAUGCAACGGAAUAACAGGGACCAGUGCUGCAUAAUCAGUGGUGAGUCUGGGGCUGGGAAAACAGAGAGCACAAAACUGAUCCUGCAGUUCCUGGCAGCUAUUAGUGGCCAGCACUCCUGGAUAGAGCAGCAAGUGCUUGAAGCAAAUCCCAUUCUGGAAGCAUUUGGGAAUGCGAAAACGAUCCGGAAUGAUAAUUCCAGCCGUUUUGGGAAAUACAUCGAUAUCCACUUUAACAAGAGGGGUGCCAUUGAAGGAGCCAAGAUUGAACAAUAUCUGUUGGAGAAAUCUCGGGUCUGUAGACAGGCUGAUGGGGAGAGGAACUAUCACAUCUUUUAUUGUAUGUUGAUGGGAAUGAGCACGGACCAGAAGAAAGUACUGGGUCUGAGCAGAGCUAAGGAUUACACCUACUUAACAAUGGGGCAGUGCACCUUCUGUGAUGGCCGUGAUGAUGAUAAAGAGUACGCCAACAUUCGCUCUGCCAUGAAGGUUCUCAUGUUCACUGACACGGAGAACUGGGAGAUCUCCAAGCUGAUGGCUGCAAUUCUGCACAUGGGCAACCUGGCUUAUGAACCUCGAAUGUAUGACAAUUUGGAUUCAUGUGAGGUUGUAUACUCCACACACCUGAUGUCUGCUGCCACGCUCCUCGAGGUUGACUGUUUGGACCUGCAGAACUGCCUGACCAGCCGUACCAUUAUAACACGAGGGGAAACAGUGUCCACCCCUCUUAAUGUGGACCAAGCGCUAGAUGUCCGAGAUGCUUUUGUGAAGGGUAUCUAUGGGAGGCUCUUUGUGUGGAUUGUGGAGAAGAUAAAUGCAGCGAUUUAUAAACCACCAUCUCGAGAGCCCAAGGUGUGGCGCCGGUCGAUCGGCUUGCUGGAUAUUUUUGGAUUUGAAAACUUCCACGUUAAUAGCUUUGAGCAACUCUGUAUCAACUUCGCCAAUGAAAACCUGCAGCAGUUUUUUGUCCGCCAUGUCUUCAAGCUGGAGCAAGAGGAAUACAACCUGGAGAACAUCAACUGGCAACACAUUGAGUUCACUGACAACCAGGAUGCACUUGACAUGAUUGCACUGAAGCCCAUGAACAUCAUUUCCCUCAUUGAUGAAGAGAGCAAGUUCCCCAAGGGUACGGACACCACCAUGUUGAACAAGCUGAAUUCUCAACACAAGCUGAACACCUACUAUAUCCCUCCAAAGAACAACUAUGAAACCCAGUUUGGCAUCAGCCAUUUUGCUGGAGUCGUUUACUAUGAAACCAGAGGAUUUUUGGAGAAAAAUCGGGACACACUUCAUGGAGACAUCAUUCAGUUGGUCCAUUCCUCCAAGAAUAAGUUCAUCAAACAGAUCUUCCAGGCUGAUGUAGCCAUGGGAGCGGAGACCAGGAAGCGCUCACCAACCCUCAGCAGCCAGUUUAAACGUUCGCUGGAGCUGCUGAUGAAAACUCUCAGCGUCUGCCAGCCUUUCUUCGUCCGCUGCAUCAAACCCAAUGAGUACAAGAAGUCGAUGUUGUUUGACCGGGAACUGUGUGUCCGCCAGCUGAGGUACUCGGGAAUGAUGGAGACCAUUCGGAUCCGACGGGCUGGUUAUCCCAUUCGCUACACCUUUGUGGAGUUUGUCGAUCGCUAUCGGGUAUUGAUGCCCGGAGUGAAACCCGCUUACAAACAGGGAGAUUUGCGUGGCACAUGUCAACGGAUAGCAGAGACUGUUCUGGGACAAGACGGAGACUGGAAAAUUGGAAAGACAAAGAUUUUCCUAAAGGAUCACCAUGAUAUGUUGCUGGAGAUCGAGAGAGACCAGGCCAUCACUGACAAGGUCAUCCUCAUUCAAAAAGUGGUUCGUGGAUUUAAAGACAGGUCAAACUUUGUAAAAAUAAGGAAGUCGGUGAUGGUGAUUCAGAAGUCCUGGCGUGGAUAUCAGUGCCGGAAAAAUUUCAGCACUAUGCGAAUCGGAUUCUCCAGACUCCAGGCGCUCUACCGGUCCCGUAAGCUCUGCACACAGUAUCACUUCGCUCGCAAGAGAAUCAUCCUGUUCCAGGCCCAUUGCCGCGGUUACUUGGUGAGGAGAGCGUUCCGCCAUUGCUUCUGGGCUGUCAUUACCAUCCAAGCUUAUGUUCGAGGCAUGAUCGCACGUAGACUCUUCAAGCGGCUGAGAGGAGAAUACCACCGGAGGCUGGAAGCAGAGAAGAUGCGCCUAGCUGAGGAGGUACGGCUUUGCAAGGAGAUGAGCAGCAAAAAAGCCAAGGAGGAAGCAGAGAGGAAACAUCAGGAGCGCCUCGCCCAAUUGGCUCGGGAAGAUGCCGAGAGGGAGAUGAACGAGCGGAGGGAGGCCCGUCGGAAGAAGGAGAUGGUGGAGCAAAUGGAGAGAGCCCGCAACGAGCCUGUGAACGACUCUGAGAUGGUGGAUAAAAUGUUUGGCUUUCUGGGCAGCCCCACUCCAUUGCCUGGACAGGAGGGACAAGCACCAUCUGGGUUUGAGGACCUGGAACGUGCCCUGCCAGAGGUGGAGGAAGAGGAUCUCGAUGCCAGUCUGCCACUCCCAGAGGAGGAAGAGGAAGACGUUUCGGAGUACAAAUUUGCCAAGUUUGCUGCCACCUACUUCCAGGGCACCACCACGCACACCUACAUCCGCAGGCCCCUCAAGUUGCCCCUGCUUUACCAUGACGAUGAAGGGGACCAACUCGCGUCUCUUGCUGUCUGGAUCACGAUAUUGAGGUUCAUGGGGGAUUUGCCAGAGCCCAAGUAUCACACGGCUAUGAGCGAUGGCAGUGAGAAGAUUCCGGUCAUGACCAAAAUCUACGAAACCCUGGGCAAGAAGACAUAUAAACGGGAGCUGCAGGCUCUUCAGGGAGAGGGCGAGAGUGCAUCUUCUGACAAGAAGAACAGUGUGCGGCACAAGCUGGUUUCCCUGACUCUGAAGAAGAAAUCAAAGCUAACAGAGGAGGUGGCAAAGAGAUUGAACGAUGGGGAUUACACCCUCCGGGGGAACAGUAUGUUGGAGGAUAGGCCGACCUCUAACCUGGAGAAGCUCCACUUCAUCAUUGGGAAUGGCAUCCUCCGUCCAGAGGUCAGGGAUGAGAUUUACUGCCAGAUCUGCAAGCAACUUACCCAGAAUCCCUCCAAGAGCAGCCACGCCCGGGGCUGGAUCCUCAUGUCCCUCUGUGUUGGCUGCUUCGCUCCUUCUGCCAAGUUUGUCAAGUACUUGAGGAAUUUUAUCCAUGGAGGUCCGCCUGGCUAUGCACCUUACUGUGAGGAAAGAAUGAGGAGAACGUUUGCUAAUGGGACCCGGACACAGCCUCCCAGCUGGCUGGAGCUCCAGGCCACGAAGUCAAAGAAGCCAAUCAUGUUGCCCAUCACCUUCAUGGAUGGAACAACAAAGACUCUCUUGACAGACUCCGCGACAACAGCCAAAGAGCUGUGCAAUGCAUUGGCUGACAAGAUAGGCCUGAAGGAUCGCUUUGGAUUUUCUCUCUAUAUAGCUUUGUUUGACAAGGUCUCCUCCCUUGGCAGUGGGAAUGAUUACGUGAUGGAUGCCGUCUCCCAGUGCGAGCAGUACGCCAAGGAACAAGGUGCACAAGAACGCAACGCACCCUGGCGCCUCUUCUUCCGUAAGGAGAUCUUCACACCCUGGCACGAUCCUACUGAGGACCUGGUGGCAACAAACCUCAUUUACCAGCAGACAGUGAGAGGGGUCAAGUUUGGAGAGUACAGGUGUGACAAGGAGGAGGACCUGGCUGAGCUGGCAUCCCAGCAGUACUACGUGGAUUAUGGAUCAGAGAUCAUCCUGGAGAGACUUGUGAGCUUAAUCCCGUCUUACAUUCCGGAUCGGGAGAUCACCACCUCUAAAACAGUGGAGAAAUGGGCUCAGUACGUCGCCGCAGCUCACAAGAAGGGAGUGUACACCCAGAAGAGGAUUGACCCUCAGACUGUGAAGGAGGAGGUUGUGGACUUUGCCCGCUUCAAGUGGCCUCUACUUUUCUCGCGAUUUUAUGAGGCCUUCAAAUUUUCAGGCCCGAGUCUGCCAAAGAAUGAUGUGAUUGUCGCUGUCAACUGGACUGGUGUGUACUUUGUCGACGAACAGGAGCAAGUCCUUCUGGAACUUUCUUUCCCCGAAAUCACUGCAGUCACCAGCAGCAAGGGAAGCAAAAUGCAGGGGCAGAGUUUCACACUGGCUACCACUAAAGGCGACGAAUAUACCUUCACCUCCAACAAUGCAGAGGACAUCCGGGACCUUGUGGUGACCUUCCUGGAGGGGCUGAGGAAGAGGUCAAAGUUUGUGGUCGCUCUGCAAGAUAACCCGAGCCCUGUUGGUGAUGAUUUGACGUUCCUCACCUUCCAAAAAGGAGACCUGAUCCUUCUGGAUCAUGACAGCGGGGAGCAAGUGAUGACCAGCGGCUGGGGUCAUGGAAUGAAUGAAAGGACCAAGCAAAAGGGUGACUUCCCCACUGACUGCGUCUACGUGUUACCUACUGUCACCAAGCCACCAGCUGAGAUUGUGUGCUUGGUAACCAUGACGCCAGGCCAGCGACAGGAAGUCAUCAAGACCUCCCAGCUGCCCAUAUCAGAGCUGGAGGAGAAGGUUAAGCCUUACACCCUGGAAGAAUUCUCAUUUGACUACUUCAGGCCACCUCCAAAGCACACGUUAAGCCGAGUGAUGAUCACAAAGAAUCGUGGGAAAGACAAGAUAUGGUCCUGUACCCGGGAGCCAAUGAAACAGCCUCUGCUGAAGAAGCUGCUGAACAAUGAGGAGCUGUCACAAGAAUCUUGCCUUGCCUUCACAGCUAUCAUGAAGUACAUGGGUGACUAUCCCUCCAAGAGAAUGCGGUCUGUGAAUGAACUGACUGACCAAAUAUUCGAAGCUGCUUUGAAAGGGGAGCUGAUGAAAGAUGAGAUUUACUGCCAAGUCCUCAAGCAGCUCACUGAUAACCAUGUGAAGUACAGCGAAGAGAGGGGCUGGGAGUUACUCUGGCUCUGCACGGGACUCUUUCCCCCUAGCAACAUCCUCCUGCCUCACGUCCAGAGAUUCCUACAGUCAAGGAAAAGCCGUUUGCUCGCUGCAGACUGCAUGCAUCGACUCCAGAAAGCGCUCCGGAAUGGAUCCAGGAAAUAUCCGCCGCACCUGGUUGAAGUGGAAGCUAUCCAGCACAAAACCACGCAGAUCUUCCACAAAGUUUACUUUCCCGAUGACACAGAUGAGGCAUUUGAAGUAGAAUCUAGUACGAAAGCUAAAGACUUCUGCCAGAAUAUCUCGGCCAGACUGCUGCUGAAAUCUCCCGAUGGCUUCAGCUUGUUCGUCAAGAUCUCUGACAAGGUGAUCAGUGUUCCUGAAGGAGAUUUCUUUUUUGACUUUGUGCGACAUCUCACCGACUGGAUCAAGAAAGCCCGGCCGACGAAGGACGUGAAUAACCUCCUGUUUAUCCAAAUUAUACUGCCAAAGAAGGCAAGCAAAUUUGCUGAAGCAGAAACAGGUGUAAUGCCUUCUCUGACAUACCAGGUCUUCUUCAUGAAGAAACUAUGGACACAUACAGUUCCUGGAAAGGACCCAAUGGCAGAUUCCAUCUUUCAUUAUUACCAGGAGCUGCCUAAGUACCUGCGCGGUUACCACAAGUGUUCCCGUGACGAUGUGCUGCAGUUGGCGGCACUCAUUUACAGGGUGAAGUUCGAGGAUGACAAGUCCCAAUUCCCAAACAUCCCCAAGAUGCUGAAGGAAUUGGUGCCACAGGAUCUGAUCCGGCACUUCUCACCUGACGACUGGAAGCGGUCCAUUGUAGCUUUUUACAACAAACAAGCAGGAAAAUCACGGGAAGACGCUAAACUAUCGUUCCUGAAGAUUAUCUAUAAAUGGCCUACAUUUGGAUCAGCAUUCUUUGAGGUCAAGCAAACCACUGAGCCAAAUUACCCAGAGAUCCUCUUGAUUGUGAUCAACAAACACGGAGUGAGUCUGAUUGACCUGAAGACAAAGGAUAUUCUGACCACCCAUCCAUUCACCAAGAUUUCUAAUUGGAGCAGUGGUAACACAUACUUCCAUAUUACCAUUGGGAACCUGGUGAGAGGCAGCAAACUCCUGUGUGAAACCUCUCUGGGAUACAAAAUGGAUGACCUAUUAACAUCUUAUAUCAGUCAGAUGCUGACCUCUAUGAACAAGGAGUGGAGCACUAAAGCCAGUAAGUGAACUUACAUUGACUACUGGAUCUGGGCCAAUGAGGUAAUCCAACUUUGAGGCCUGUGGGAAACCCUUGUAGUUGGACAAAAACAUUCUCCACCCAAGUCUGGAGUAUGAGAAGGAGUCUUCUGACAGCAGCCCGGACACUCCGUCCAGUGAGGAUGACUAUUUGUAGUGUGCGCGUUUGUUGUGCAUGUUUUGAAACACUUAACUUUAGGGUCACUCAAAUGGAAAAUGAUGAUCCAAACGGAAACAGAAAAUUAAGGCCAACGAGGCAGGCUCCUUCAUUGUGACUUCUUCCUCUGACAGUGGAAAACUGGGCCUACAAAGCAGGCUGCUUCAUUGUGACUUGUUCCUCUGAAGGUAAUCCGAACCCACAAAACAAGAUUCUUAAUUGUGGCCGUUUCACCUGACAAAGGAAAUCUAGACAUAUAAAACAGGCUGCUUCAUUGUGACCUCUUCCUCUGAUGGAAGUCCAGGCCUACAGCACAGGCUUUUAGUGACCUCCCAUUCCAAAGAAUGGAACUCCAGGCCGAUGAAGGAAGCUUGUUUUUGCAAACUCUUCUGCACUCAUUCUGCUAUGUCCUUUCUCGGAAAGAGCCAAGUCAUUUUUGGGUUUUUUUUUGAUGCCUGUGGUGUAGCUUCUGUGUAACUGUGGCCCAGAUUACUGGCAGUGCAUCAAAUCUCAGUGUGGUGUGGUCAUUCUCUCUAACUGUGUGGUAGCGGGCCCAGAGAUAGCAGCUGGAGACUGCCUUGCCCAUGGGUAAAAUUCCUGCCUUCAGAAGAGUCCCUGGUCUAGUUGUGCACAGUUGUAGCCCCCAGUGCAGAGUCCCCAGUUUGUAUAUUUGGUGAAAUGACUGGACUCCCUCCAAAUGCAAAGGAAUUGCUUGCAUGUGAGGUGUUUUGUAUUUUCUUUGUUGUCUUAUCAUCUAACCUGUCUCCUCAUUCACCUCCAGCUGUUUGUGUGCAGCUAACUUAUUUGAAAUGCAUGCAUUUUCCUUUAAAGCCAAGAAAACUGACCUCUUGUUAACAGAGGGUGUUUGCUGUGGGUUAAUUACUGGAUUAACCAUAGGAUCGUAUUAUUGUCCCUCACAUUCAUAGCCACCUGGGAUUAUGCAUCGAUGGGUCACGGCUUCGGCCUGUUCAUGUCUCAUCUUUAAUCUCUGCACCAAAAUAAAACACUUAGUCACGUUACCCCCUAGGACAGGUUUUGCAGUUAGUGCUCCUCUUCCAUUACCCAGCCCUGCUCUUAGACUCGUAACACCAUUACCAAAAAAUACCCAUUGUUGAAAUUUCAACUCGUGUUUUUAACCUGAACCAUUUGCUGGAUAACUUUAGUUGGAGACUCUGGUUUGUAAUUCUUGCAGUCAGAGUUUCACAAAACCCAAUUACUUUUGUUUUCCCCCCUCCACUGUGUUUGCCCUAACACAGUAAAGCUGUAUAUCCCUGGCUGGCUGGCAGUGAGUCUGUCCUUGAGCACAGCACACAAGAAAUGACCUGAGGAUGCUCAAGUCAGAUGUCUGGACAGACAGCACAUUUGGUCCUACAUAGCUGGUGGAAGCUUCUGCGUACUGACGAAAGAUCCACAUCCUAAAGCAUCCUUUUUCUUUUUGCUGCCUGUCUCGCUUCUCCCCCGCCACUUCCUUUUUCUCCCCUCGCUUCUCCUUCUGCUUCCUCCUUCCCCGAGGACUUGGACUCGGACUGGGCCUGUCCAUCACAAUCAGCAAUGGUAUGCCAGCUUCUGAUUUGCUGCCAAGCCGUGACUCCUUGCGCACUCCAACCAAUCCACCUUUAACCCCAAUGAAUGGGUGCAGCUUUGUUUAUAAACAAUGUCAACUGAAACACUGCUUGCAAAUUUGGCUGAGGUCCAGUGAUUACAUUUUCAACAGAGAACUUGUCAGAUUGACUUGGCUCAGCAGUCGCUCCCAACAAAGGGAACAAAACCCUUUAGCUCCAAGUGCCCGAGUCCCAUUCAACUUUGGGCUCUCACUUCCACUGCCUCUGUGCCUUUUAUAAGCAAACUAGAUUCUAUUUUAAUCACAUUGGCAUUCCUUUGCCUAUAGGUAGGAUGUUGUUUGGUUAGAAGUACAACUAGCUGUGGGUGAUUGGCUCCCAUGUCUUGUAGUUACAUUGUCACUACAUAACUGCAACAUUUAAGAUGUUAUUUUUUAUCCUGCUCUGUGAGUCAGUUUUAAUAGUGGGUGAAAAUGUUUCAACUAAUCAUGUCCUUUUUUAAAAUGACCAUUUGUUGAGUCUAUACACAGAUAUCACAAGAGAUGAUUGGUCUGCUCCCUUUUUUUAUGUUUUGGUUCUUUUCCUCUCCCAGAUCAUCCAUGAAACCACCAAUUUGCAGCCACUACUUAACCACCCCCCCCUCCCCCGUGAACGCACAACACUCUGCUGUCACACUGCACUAAAAACUGGGGAAACUGAUUUCACAACUGACCUCGUGUCUGUCUCUCUGCGAUUUUAACCAUAUCUCAGAUGACACAUGGAGUUUGGUUUGAUUUUUUUUGUUGCGGUCAAGCAGUUUUUUCUAUUGGAGGCUGCGGGGAUGUUAUUCCUCCCCGCGCCCCCCACCUGGCAGCAGUCUCUGCAGCUGUCCCUAUGUCCUUUGUGUUUUUCUCAGUCUUCGGGGGUUUUUCUGCCCAGCUCAUAAUGCCUCCGUUAUUGCUGCCAACUCAUUCUGAAGUGGGUCUCAAGCUCAGGAGAUGCUGUCGCUUUCUGUUAGAAUGGCCUUCCCAAAAGAUUGAUUUUAAUGCUGACCACAAGGGUGCACCACUGAGCCUGCUGGCAUUACUCAUAAAGUGCGAAUGCUGUGGGCUCUGUCUGGUUGGGAUGCUAAUGUUUUUUAGGUAUAGAGCCUAGAAACCAAGAGGGACGCUGGACUUGGAAUAAGGCCACAUUUAAAACUAUAUUGCCAUAUGGUGGCUUCUGAGUCAGAUGCUGUAGUUCCAGUGUUAGUUAUUUUGAUGCCUCCUGUCUGACCCUAGUAACCAGGGAAGUAAAGGUUUUUUAAACCAGCACAGGUCUAUUUAAGGUCUCUAAGAGGGAAAAGUACUGAACGUGUUUGCGUUCUUUUGUAACCCAAAAAAAUGCAUGUCUUUUAUUAAAAGACUUUACUGUGGUCCCUUUGUAAUGAGACAAAAAAGGCUGGAUGCUAAAUGGCUACAAUGGUUUCCCAUUUCUACCUGCCUGUUGGCCAUCUCUACGUCUCAAACCACUUCACAACCAGUCCCUGGCCUUAGGAAAGUAUUUGAUGUUACGCUGCCCACCUUUGAUUUGUGUGGAUGUGCGAUUUAGGAGUACCUGCAUACAGAAUGUUUGAGGUUUACAUCACUGGGCCCAGCCUAAUGUGCAUGGAAAGGGGAGGAGAGCAGAGCAGUGACAGCUUGGAGCAAUACUAAUGUCUAAUGCAAUGAGGGCAGGAGCUGGUGAACUUUGGCAUGCUUGAAAUGUGACAGUGUACUAGCUCAUGAAGGCCAUAAAAGCACAGUUCCUGUGAGUUUACUGUUUUUGCUCAUUCCCUGCCUGUGGUACCUGAAAGCUGCACCAGAGACAGGUGUAGGGCUCAGAAUAAACUUAAAAAGCCAUUUUAUUUUGUUGCUGGCUUCUUUCCCAUCCACCUCCAAUACAUUAAUCCAGUGUAAAUAAAAGAAACCAUUUGUCUCUGGUAUAUGAACAAUAUAUUUGUAAAAAAAGUUAAUAAAUGAACUGUUAUAUUGUGACUUCUUAAAAAAACAAAAAUGGUGACACUUGUGUGGAUGCAUGGUUUGUGAGGUUAAAUGCUAGUUCAAGACAGUGUUUGAUUUUUCUCCCAACCCAGGGGUCAAAUACAUUUGUGUGUCUAACAGUGUCUGCAGUUUGUAUCUGUUCAGAGUGUAUCACCUUUGUGCAUUAAAUACCUGUGAUCCAUUGCAUUUGUCCCUUUUUUUUGUGUGUGCUGAGUGUGUGCUGAUGGGAUCUGAUUUAGGAGGGCUGGGAGAAAGUUUUGAGAAAUGUGAAAGACCAGCACCUGCCUGAUCCCAGCCCCUCUGCUCCAAACGCAUGUGCAGAAUGUGUCUGUGUGCAUUUGUCAGUAAUUUCCAUGACUUGUGUUGUCCUUGGCUGGCUACCUGGUGGGAAUAUAGGAACAGUAUUGGGGUAUUCAGUCCCUUUUUUAGACUGUUCUGCCAUUGAGGGAUCAAGGUUUACUUGUGACUUAAUUCCACACAGUUUACUUCAGUCUUUUGGGAUCACAGGACAAAGUUAUUUGCUCACUCAAGUAAGUGUGUGGUUGAUGAGCAGCUGAAGAAAUUGUCUAAAGUCAGUUGUUUGUAAAGCAUACAAGGAGCUGUAAAGUUUGGUAUUCUGAGAGCAUGAAUUAGCUGUAAUAGUGAGCUAUUUUAAUAUUAAA